GUGGUGGUGGGAGGUUAUGGUGUGAGGUCCGACAGAAGGACAAACUCGUUGGAAUCAGUGUUGUUUGAAAUAGAGUGACUGCCAUUAUUGCGUUACCCAGAGAAGACCUUAAUUUGUCUCUCGUGUUCCAUCGCCUUUGGAUUUCGCAAAGUGGUGUUACUCCUGUUGACAUCAUUACACGUGGCACUAGAUACAAAUUCCUGUUGGUUACGUUUAUUUGUGAUCGUAUAUGUAUCAGUUAGUGUGUGUGCUUACGUGUAGGGUUGUGAGCGCGUGUUAGAGGGGUGACGCAUCCCUCCAGUGCCGGGAAGUGGACGUGCUGUCGGCCAGUCACCGGUCUGCUGUUGGCUGGACAUCGUGAAGAGAGAAGAGAAGGCAUUUGCUGGGAUUACAUCAUCACCACCACCUCUACCACCACCAUGCCGCCUGUCUUGAGGAGAGAGGUGCAUGGAGGCUUCGUGGCUACCGACGACUUCAUCCACUACAGCAGCGCACCUCGACUCAACACCUCCACGCCGCCGAUCACCGCCACCCACUUCUCCUCCAAGGGCAGACUCUCCACCUUCGGCAGCGACAUAUCCACCACUUCCACGAGUAACAGCAGCUGCAGUACGAGUGGCAGCGGUGGUAGCAGUGUCAGCAGCAGAAACAGAGGCAGGGAACUCAUCUCGGCCACAAACGGUAACUUCUUCCUGGGAGCCAAGAUCGCCCCAAGACACAUCAGACAGGACCAACAGCAGAAAAGGCCCAGUAGAGGAAAAAUGGCGCCUGAUCCAAGAGGACAAGAGGACAGUGGGCCCGUGGGUUCCAUCAUCGCUGGCCACAGGAUUUCCCUCAACGUGCACUACGAUAAUGAAGAGCCGCAGACAGCCUCUGGGACGAAGGGCGGGGAGGUGACGCCUGUAGAGGAGCGAGUCGCCAGCACGGGAGCCUUGCCUCGGGAUGUGCCAGACAAGGUCACCCUCCCGCCGCCCGCCAGCGUCUCCUCUCUCGACAAGAUAACCCACAUUGAUGAUCUGACGGAGAGAGAGAAAGGAGAGGGUGAGGAAGGGAGCCUGGAGUCACCUGUCCCCUCGUCCUCAUCCCUGUCAGAGGCUCGACCAGAGACUCCCGAGACCACAUCAGCUCACUCCUCCCCCGAGACCCCCACCACCAAUACCACUACUUCUCCCACUCCCGAUAUGUUCAAGACGCCGCUCAGGCAGGACGAGUACCUCAAUGGACCAGACCAGAUAAUUCCAACAGACACCAUCAAGACUUGGGAGCCCAAUGGAGCCACCAAGGUGAAGAUUGGAGACCAGGGCCCCUCAGCCCACACUCCAGUCUCUGUGCCUACCCUCCUGAAGAAGGCAGCUGAAAAGUAUCCCAACACCAAUGCUAUGUGUGUGAAGCGAGGUGGUGAGUGGAAGGCCACCACCUACAAAGAGUACUAUGAACAGGUCCGAAUCAUGGCCAAAGCCUUCAUUAGGCUGGGACUGGAGCCGUACCAUGGGGUCUGCAUCCUGGGCUUCAACUCUCCUGAAUGGUUCAUUGGUGACCUUGCUGCCAUCUUUGCUGGUGGAUUUGCUGCAGGGAUAUACACCACCAACUCCCCCGAGGCUUGUGAACACUGUGCCCGUAACUGUGAAGCUCAGAUUUGGUUGGUUGAGGAUCAGAAGCAACUAGAGAAAGUGUUGAAGAUCAAGAGCCGCCUUCCAAGCCUGCGCACCAUCAUCCAGUACACCGGCAAGCCCACAGUGGAGGGUGUCAUCAGCUGGGAAAAUGCCAUGGCCUUGGGUAAGCAGCAGCCUGACACAGAGCUGGAGGCGAGGCUGCGACGUAUUGCUGUCAACCAGUGCUGCACACUCAUUUACACCUCUGGCACUACUGGCCCACCCAAGGGUGUGAUGUUGAGCCAUGACAACAUCACUUGGACAGCACAUGCUAACUGCAUAAAUGCUGAUUUCCAUGCUGGAAAAGAAAAUCUGGUCAGUUUCCUACCACUCUCCCAUGUUGCAGCACAAAUGGCUGAUGUCUACAUCACCAUGUAUGCUGGAGCCACCUGCUAUUUUGCUCAACCAGAUGCCUUGAAAGGUAGCUUGGGUCAGACACUGAAGGAAGUGAGACCCACCAGGUUCUUGGGAGUCCCUCGUGUGUGGGAAAAGAUACAUGAAAAGAUGAUGGAGGUCGGCCGCAAAACAACUGGAGUAAAGAAGUCCAUUGCCACCUGGGCAAAGUCUGUUGGAUUAGAGGCAAAUAUUCGCAAGCAGAGACAAGACUUCUCAAAACCAUUUGGGUAUUCCAUUGCCAAUGCUGUUGUUUUCAAAAAGAUCAAAGGUGUUCUUGGUCUUGACCGAUGUGAACUGUUCCUCUCAGGUGCAGCGCCCAUUGCCCCAGAUAUAGUUCAGUACUUCCAUAGCCUCGACAUUCCUCUCACAGAAAUUUAUGGAAUGUCGGAGUCUACAGGGCCACACACAAUUGGCCUGGAGAAAGCCUUCAAAAUUGGAAGUGUUGGACGCACUGUGCCGGGCUGCUACACAAAGCUGGACAAGCCAGACAUGGAAGGAAAUGGUGAGGUGUGCAUGGGUGGCAGGCACGUGUCCAUGGGAUACUUGAGGAUGGAGGAGAAGACUCACGAGGCCAUCGAUGAUGAGGGCUGGCUUCACUCUGGGGAUAUUGGCAGGCUGGACAGUGACGGGUUCCUAUUCAUCACCGGCCGCAUCAAGGAGCUCAUCAUCACCGCUGGAGGGGAGAACAUUGCCCCAGUGCUGCUGGAGGACAACCUCAAGGCAGAGCUGCCGUGCCUCAGUAACAGCAUGCUCAUUGGGGACAAGAGGAAGUUCCUGUCAGUCCUGCUAACUAUUAAGACGAACAUGAACCUGGACACUGGUGAGCCCAUGGACAGCCUGACUCCGGCCUGCGUGGAGUGGUGCCGCAGUGUUGGAUCAUCAGCGAAAACUCUGCAGGACAUCCUGACGGGACCUGAUGCCAACGUCAUGAGAGCCAUCCAAGAAGGCAUCGAUCGGGCAAACAAACUGGCUCCCUCCAAUGCUCAAAGAAUACAGAAGUGGACAAUUCUUCCAAGAGAUUUCUCUGUUCCCGGUGGAGAGUUGGGCCCAACCAUGAAGCUGAAGAGGCCUGUUGUCGUCCAGAAAUAUUGUGAGACCAUAGAGAGGUUCUAUGAAGGGUGAACAGGAUCCCUCCUCCCAGGGUCUGUGUUCUGCAGUGCAAGCUGAUGGCUCACACUCGUGAAGAGUUGGGUUGUUGGGUUGAGUUUAUGAUCAAAACCCGUAAAUAUUUGUUCUACAGAUUGGUUUGUAUUGUAUAAAUGUGCAUAUUGUACACUUUACAAAAAGGCAUUAGUGUUGGAAGCAUGUUUUGGAUGCAUUUAAAGUAUAUGAUAAUUUAUACACUAAGGGUCUUGCCAUGUGCCAUUUCAGUAUGUGCCUUGAUAAGUAUAUAUUGUGAUGUAUUGGAGUGGCGUUGUAUAUACCACUGUGAGGCGUCUUUGAGGGCUGUGUGUCGUGUGUUACUUUCUGUUCUCCACAAUACAACGUGCAAUGCAAAUCCCUGUCAGUGCUAUGUGAGUAUUUAGGUAUUCACUGGAGUCAUUGAUAAGGGAAUCUUUUACUCUUAAGUUAGGAAGUUUUGGAGUUAAUUCCUUUGUCUUCUUGUGGUCUUGUUUUCAGAUGUAUAUUUUUUGAGAGCAUGUGACUUGUUCUUGCCAUACCUCAGUCUGACCAGUUUGAGAUCCGUCUCAACUAUGUAAAUAUUGCAUUUUUGUUAGAUACUUCUUGGUGGACCAGUAGCUACAUAGCCUUGUGUAAAGAAUGUAUGUACUAGUGUCGAAAGUCUUGCCAUUGAGGGUGUGAAUGAAGCGGACAAAUUGUGUACUUAGUUGAUUAUAUGACUCUUUGUGGUGUGUUGUCCAUUAUUCUCAGUGUGGGGAGUGGUGGCUGUAAUAAAGGAAGUACUAAAAUUGGUUUGUUGAAUACUGCACAUAUACCAGUCAGAUGGUGAUUGUACCUAAUUAUCAUGUAUAUAUGGGAAACCAUGUUAUUUAAAUAAAGAAAUGACAAGAAA